UCGUUGCCGAAGGGAUGGCUCCGCCACGAAGGAUCCUCUUUCCCCCGGAGAAGAUCUGCCUGAACUGGCAGCAGCGCCGGGGCGCCGGAGCAGGACUCUACAACUUGGGCAACUCGUGCUUCCUCAACUCCAUCCUGCAGUGCCUGACCUACACCCCGCCUCUGGCCAACUACCUGCUCUCCCGGGAGCACAGCCAGUCGUGCCUCCAGCAACAGACCUGCGUGAUGUGCACGGUGGAAGAGCACAUCAACAAGGUCCUGCGCUGCCCGGCCAACGCCGGCCGUCCCAUGGCUGUCGGCAACGUCCUCAAUCUGAUGGGAGAUCAUUUCCAGUACGGCCAGCAGGAAGACGCCCACGAGUUCUUCCUCUACACCGUCAACGCCAUGCAGACAGCUUGCCUGCGUGGAAGGAGCAACUUGGACGCCUCUUCUCAGUCGACCACCGCCAUCCAUCAGAUAUUCUGGGGCUUUCUGAGGUCCAGAGUCACGUGCCUGAGCUGCAGAGCCGUUUCCGAUUCCUACGAGGCCUUCCUGGAUGUCCCUUUGGAUAUCAGAGCAGCCUCGUCCGUCACCGCAGCCCUGAAGGGCUUUGUGGAACCCGAGCGGCUGGAUGGCCAAAACCGCUUUAAAUGUGCCAGCUGCAACAAGAUGGUUGUCGCCUGCAAGAAGCUCACCCUCCAUCACGCCCCCAACGUCCUCACGCUGUGCCUGAAGAGGUUCGACGAUUUCACCGGCAGGAAGAUCUGCAAGGCUGUGAAGUACCCCGAGGACUUGGACCUUCGCCCGUACGCCUCCGAGAGGCUUGGAGAGCCUCUCCGCUACUCCUUGUACGCUGUCCUGGUGCACGUCGGUAGCAGCUGUGGUGCAGGACACUAUUUCUGCUACAUAAAGGCCAGCAACGGGCUGUGGUACAAGAUGAACGACACGGCUGUGACUCCUUGUGACCUCAGCACCGUCCUCAAGCAGGAAGCCUACUUGCUGUUCUACGUCAGGUAG